AACACUCACCUUUUUCGAUUUCGACCUUCCGGUUUUCUUUUUCGAGAACCGCUGAGGUAGCGGUUGAAUUAAUUAAGGACAAAAUGGAUCCGCAAACGUUCCUGGAUAUCGCCACAAAGGUGACGAAGUUAAAGAUGUACCCCUAUUUCGACAUUGCUCACUACACUCUCAUGUGCAUGGCGGCACGGGACGACGCACCGGCGAACGCCGCGGGGGGAACAGCUUUUUCCAGAAAGCACCCCCUCUCCUGCUGGGUGUCGUCCAUGUUGCUGUGUUUUGCGGGGAGUCUGAUUGCAAACUUCUUACUGGGAGAACCUAUUUUAACACCAUUCAAGGAUCACAACUCACUGCUGACUGCCUCAGUUGUAUGGUACUUGAUAUUUUAUUCACCAUUUGACAUUGUAUACAAAGCUGUAAAAUUCCUACCAUGUAAACUGGCAGUGGCAGGACUAAAGGAAGUGCAGCGAGCUCACAAAGUGUACCACGGCGUUGUUUACACGGCCAAAGUGUAUCCUAACUCUGUACUCAUCAUUCUCCUCAUAGGAACAAUAAAAGGAGCAGGAAGUGGUUUAAUGAAGACAUUUGAGAGACUGGUCAGGGGAUUAUGGAUUCCAGGGACAAACGAAGUACUGCAGCCCUCAUUUGUUACGAAGGCCUGUUUUCUGGCAUCUCUUGUGUUUCUUAUGGAGAAGAUGAACUACAUCACAGCCCCUCACGCCCUGGUGUAUUUCGGUGUAGUCAUUUUCUUUGUUUACUUUAAACUCUCUGCCCUGCUUCUUGGCAUCCACGACCCGUUUGCUCCUUUUGAAAACUUAUUUUGCGCAAUAUUCAUGGGAGGAAUGUGGGAUGCCAUGAGACGAGCAGUUGCCACAGAAACCAAGAAAGAAGAGAAAGACUCGGACAUUCCAGUGAAGAGUCGAGAAGACAAGAAGAAUGACUGAACAAAGAAAGGAAACAUGAAAUUUGGUGUUGUGAAAUAUAGGACAUCUCCUUCCCCAGAUCUCCUAGGCUUUUGAAUUUAUUUAUCCAAGAGUUUGUGUAGAUGUAUUAUCUUCAUCUGUUAUGACAGGAAUUAGGGGUGUGUGUAACUUACAAGGUGUGUACAGAAACAUACAAGGCCUGAAGGGGCGUGGCCUCACCUCAGAAGUUUUAAAUAACAAGGUCAGGGAUUAUAGAGAAAUUCAGUAAUUAAUUGUGCUUUCCUUGGGUGAUUUACAGACAAGUAUUAGGGAGUGUAGAAGGAUAUACCUUUCUUAGUAAACUCUAUAUGGCAAUAACACUGUUAUCCAAACUGAGUUAAACUUGGAUAGCUAACUUUCUAACAAGCUUAGUAUCAGGAAAAGUGGUUUAAAAUGGGACUUGUCACAGAAAUUGUAAAGGUUCGUUGUCAAGUCUAAGAUGUUUUGAAAUCUAGAUGUGUUUCAGGAAAGGAAGUUGUGGGUUUUGAGUACUGUACAUGUACAGAACUUAUUAAAGAGUCACACUGGAGUAAUACAUAGAACUAGUUGAUUUCAAAAAGAUCACAGUAAAUUGUACAUGUAAUUUUAUGAGUGUGGGAGAUUGUUGAGAUUAUCAACCUUUUUAAAGACUGUGGUUUUUAUGAACAAGGAAGGAAACAGUGUUAGGAAGUGGUUCGAGUUUUACGUUAGUGAGUAGAUUUAACUGUAAUAAACAGAAGGCCGACUGUUAGUGAGUAGAUUUAACUGUAAUAAACAGAAGGCCGACUGUUAGUGAGUAGAUUUAACUGUAAUAAACAGAAGGCCGACUGUUAGUGAGUAGAUUUAACUGUAAUAAACAGAAGGCCGACUGUUAGUGAGUAGAUUUAACUUUAAUAAUCGGAAGGCAGACUAGUAAAACGUCCCUGAUGUUCGUGUAAGAUACAGAGUAUGUUUAUCCCUGUGAAUUCCUGUUUUGUAGAGAAAUAGAUGAUGGAUCUGUUGUGUAAAGUCUAGUUCUUGUUCAAGGACAUGGAUUUUCAGUAGAUCUUUACUUCAUGUAUUAAUAUUUUAUAAUUUAUUGUAAUAUAUUACAAAACUCAGCAUUAACAUGUAUACAACCAACAUACUCUGGGGGCAAAAUAUUUUUGUACCACUCUUAUGUAAUGCCCACCAUUUUAAAUGUAAUAUUUAUUUUUAAUAAAAUGAAUUGCUAGUCUUUGAUUGUAAGUAGUGCAAUAUACUCUACACAUAGCCAUUGUAUUGAAAUCGUUGAUUAUAAAUUAUUAAAGGAACAAUAACAUAUAAGAAGAAUUUUCAUGAAUGGUUGCAUCUUUCACCUCGGCAUGUCAGAAAAAAUGUGUUUCAAUGUUCAUUGUGUCUGUGCUAUCAAUUGAUUCUGGAGAGUUCGGAAUAAACUUCCCUUUGAAA